AUGCCGGAUUGCAUCCAAUACAGUUAUUUUUGUCCGUUUGCUUCCAAUGAAUUUCUUCUUGCUCAUCUUUUCUUCUUCUUUUCUUCUUCUUUUCUUCUUUUUCUCAUUCUUCUUCUUCUUCUUGUUUUCUUCUUUUCUUCUUCUUUUCUUCUUUUUUCUCUUGUCUUCUUCUUCUUUUCUUCUUCUUUUCUUCUUUUUCUCAUUCUUCUUCUUUUUCUUGUUUUCUUCUGUUCUUCUUCUUUUCUUCUUUUUUUCUCUUUCCUCUUCUUCUUUUCUUCUUCUUUUCUUCUUUUUCUCAUUCUUCUUCUUCUUGUUUUCUUCUGUUCUUCUUCUUUUCUUCUUUUUUCUCUUGUCUUCUUCUUCUUUUCUUCUUCUUUUCUUCUUUUUCUCAUUGUUCUUCUUCUUCUUUUCUUCUGUUCUUCUUCUUUUCUUCUUUUUUCUCUUUCUUCUUCUUCUUUUCUUCUUCUUUUCUUCUUUUUCUCAUUCUUCUUCUUCUUCUUGUUUUCUUCUGUUCUUCUUCUUUUCUUCUUUUUUCUCUUGUCUUCUUCUUUUCUUCUUCUUUUCUUCUUUUUCUCAUUCUUCUUCUUCUUCUUGUUUUCUUCUGUUCUUCUUCUUUUCUUCUUUUUUCUCUUUCUUCUUCUUCUUUUCUUCUUCUUUUCUUCUUUUUCUCAUUCUUCUUCUUUUUCUUGUUUACUUCUGUUCUUCUUCUUUUCUUCUUUUUUUCUCUUUCCUCUUCUUCUUUUCUUCUUCUUUUCUUCUUUUUCUCAUUCUUCUUCUUCUUCUUGUUUUCUUCUUUUCUUCUUCUUUUCUUCUUUUUUCGCUUGUCUUCUUCUUCUUUUCUUCUUCUUUUCUUCUUUUCUCAUUGUUCUUCUUCUUCUUUUCUUCUUUUCUUCUUCUUUUCUUCUUUUUCUCUUUUUCUCUUCUUCUUUUCUUCUUCUUUUCUUCUUUUCUCAUUCUUCUUCUUCUUCUUCUUUUCUUCUGUUCUUCUUCUUUUCUUCUUUUUCUCUUUCUUCUUCUUCUUUUUUCUUCUUUUCUUCUUUUUUUCAUUCUUCUUCUUCUUCUUGUUUUCUUCUGUUCUUCUUCUUUUCUUCUUUUUCUUUCUUCUUCUUCUUUUCUUCUUCUUUUCUUCUUUUUCUCAUUGUUCUUCUUCUUCUUUUCUUCUUUUCUUCUUCUUCUUCUUUUUUCUUUUCUUCUUCUUCUUUUCUUCUUCUUUUCUUCUUUUCUCAUUCUUCUUCUUCUUCUUUUCUUCUGUUCUUCUUCUUUUCUUCUUUUUUCUCUUUCUUCUUCUUUUCUUCUUCUUUUCUUCUUUUUCUCAUUCUUCUUCUUCUUGUUUUCUUCUGUUCUUCUUCUUUUCUUCUUUUUUCUCUUGUCUUCUUCUUUUCUUCUUCUUUUCUUCUUUUUCUCAUUCUUCUUCUUCUUCUUGUUUUCUUCUGUUCUUCUUCUUUUCUUCUUUUUUCUCUUUCUUCUUCUUCUUUUCUUCUUCUUUUCUUCUUUUUCUCAUUCUUCUUCUUUUUCUUGUUUACUUCUGUUCUUCUUCUUUUCUUCUUUUUUCUCAUUCCGCUUCUUCUUUUCUUCUUUUUCUCAUUCUUCUUCUUCUUCUUGUUUUCUUCUUUUCUUCUUCUUUUCUUCUUUUUUCGCUUGUCUUCUUCUUCUUUUCUUCUUCUUUUCUUCUUUUUCUCAUUGUUCUUCUUCUUCUUUUCUUCUGUUCUUCUUCUUUUCUUCUUUUUUCUCAUUCUUCUUCUUCUUUUCUUCUUCUUUUCUUCUUUUUCUCAUUCUUCUUCUUCUUCUUGUUUUCUUCUGUUCUUCUUUUCUUCUUUUUUCUCUUGUCUUCUUCUUCUUUUCUUCUUCUUUUCUUCUUUUUCUCAUUGUUCUUCUUCUUCUUUUCUUCUGUUCUUCUUCUUUUCUUCUUUUUUCUCUUUCUUCUUCUUCUUUUCUUCUUCUUUUCUUCUUUUUCUCAUUCUUCUUCUUCUUCUUCUUUUCUUCUGUUCUUCUUCUUUUCUUCUUUUUUCUCUUUCUUCUUCUUCUUUUCUUCUUCUUUUCUUAUUUUUCUCAUUCUUCUUCUUCUUGUUUUCUUCUGUUCUUCUUCUUUUUUCUCUUGUCUUCUUCUUUUCUUCUUCUUUUCUUCUUUUUCUCAUUGUUCUUCUUGUUUUCUUCUUGUUUUCUUCUUCUUUUCUUCUUUUUUCUCUUGUCUUCUUCUUCUUUUCUUCUUCUUUUUCUCAUUGUUCUUCUUCUUCUUUUCUUCUGUUCUUCUUCUUUUCUUCUUUUUUCUCUUUCUUCUUCUUCUUCUUUUCUUCUUCUUUUCUUCUUUUUCUCAUUCUUCUUCUAUUUCUUGUUUACUUCUGUUCUUCUUCUUUUCUUCUUUUUUUCUCUUUCUCUUCUUCUUUUCUUCUUCUUUUCUUUUUUUCUCAUUCUUCUUCUUUCUCUUGUUUUCUUCUGUUCUUCUUUUUUCUCUUUCUUCUUCUUCUUUUCUUCUUUUUCUCAUUCUUCUUCUUCUUCUUCUUUUCUUCUUUUCUUCUUCUUUUCUUCUUUUUUCUCUUGUCUUCUUCUUCUUUCCUUCUUCUUUUCUUCUUUUUCUCAUUGUUCUUCUUCUUUUCUUCUGUUCUUCUUCUUUUCUUCUUUUUUUCUCUUUCUUCUUCUUUUCUUCUUUUCUUCUUUUUCUCAUUCUUCUUCUUCUUCUUGUUUUCUUCUGUUCUUCUUUUCUUCUUUUUUCUUAUUCUUCUUCUUUUCUUCUUCUUUUCUUCUUUUUCUCAUUCUUCUUCUUUUUCUUGUUUACUUCUGUUCUUCUUCUAUUCUUCUUUUUUCUAUUUCUUCUUCUUUUCUUCUUCUUUUCUUCUUUUUCUCAUUCUUCUUCUUUUUCUUGUUUUCUUCUGUUCUUCUUCUUUUCUUCUUUUUUUCUCUUUCCUCUUCUUCUUUUCUUCUUCUUUUCUUCUUUUUCUCAUUCUUCUUCUUCUUCGUGUUUUCUUCUGUUCUUCUUCUUUUCUUCUUUUUUUCUCUUUCUUCUUCUUUUUUUCUCCUUUUAUUCUUUUUCUCAUUCUUCUUCUUCUUCUUGUUUUCUUCUGUUCUUCUUCUUUUCUUCUUCUUUUAUUCUUUUUCUCAUUCUUCUUCUUCUCCUAUUUUUCUUCUGUUCUUCUUCUUUUCUUCUUUUUUUCUCUUUCUUCUUCUUUUCUUCUUUUUCUCAUUCUUCUUCUUCUUGUUUUCUUCUGUUCUUCUUUUCUUCUUUUUUCUUAUUCUUCUUCUUUUCUUCUUCUUUUCUUCUUUUUCUCAUUCUUCGUCUUUUUCUUGUUUACUUCUGUUCUUCUUCUGUUCUUCUUUUUUCUCUUUCUUCUUCUUCUUUUCUUCUUCUUUUCUUCUUUUUCUCAUUCUUCUUCUUCUUCUUGUUUUCUUCUGUUCUUCUUCUUUUCUUCUUUUUUCUCUUUUUUCUUCUUCCUUUCUUCUUCUUUUAUUCUUUUUAUCAUUCUUAUUCUUCUUCUUGUUUUCUUCUUUUUUUCUUCUUUUCUUCUUUUUUCUCUUUCUUCUUCUUUUCUUCUUCUUUUCUUCUUUUUCUCAUUCUCCUUCUUCUUCUUGUUUUCUUCUGUUCUUCUUCUUUUUUCUCUUUCUUCUUCUUUUCUUCUACUUUUCUUCUUUUUCUCAUUCUUCUUCUUCUUGUUUUCUUCUGUUCUUCUUCUUUUCUUCUUUUUUCUUUUUCUUCUUCUUUUCUUCUUCUUUUCUUCUUUUUUCUCUUUCUUCUUCUUCUUCUUUUCUUCUUCUUUUCUACUUUUUCUCAUUGUUCUUUUCUUGUUUUCCUCUGUUCUUCUUUUCUUCUUUUUUCUUAUUCUUCUUCUUUUCUUCUUCUUUUCUUCUUUUUCUCAUUCUUCUUCUUCUUCUUGUUUUCUUCUGUUCUUCUUCUUUUCUCUUUCUUCUUCUUUUCUUCUUUUCCUCUUUUUCUCAUUCUUCUUCUUCUUCUUCUUGUUUACUUCUGUUCUUCUUCUUUUCUUCUUUUUUCUCUUUCCUCUUCUUCUUUUCUUCUUUUUCUCAUUCUUCUUCUUCUUCUUCUUGUUUUCUUCUGUUCUUCUUCUUUUUUUAAUUUUUCUCUUUCUUUUUCUUCUUUUCUUCUUCUUUUCUUCUUUUUCUCUUUCUUCUUCUUUUUCUUGUUUACUUCUGUUCUUCUUCUUUUCUUCUUUUUUUCUCUUUCCUCUUCUUCUUUUCUUCUUUUUCUCAUUCUUCUUCUUCUUCUUCUUGUUUUCUUCUGUUCUUCUUCUUUUUUUUUUUUUCUUUCUUUUUUUUCUUUUUCUUCUUUUUUCUUCUUUUUUUUUUCUUCUUCUUUUUUUGUUUUACUUCUGUUUUCUUCUUUUUUUCUCUUUCUUCUUCUUCUUUUCUUCUUCUUUUCUUCUUUUCUUAUUCUUCUUCUUCUUCUUGUUUUUUCUUCUGUUCUUCUUCUUUUUCUUCUUUUUUCUCUUGUCUUCUUCUUCUUUUCUUCUUCUUUUUUCUUUUUCUCAUUCUUCUUCUUCUUCUUGUUUUCUUCUGUUCUUCUUUUCUUCUUUUUUCUCUUUCUUCUUCUUUUUUUCUUCUUUUUCUCAUUCUUCUUCUUCUUCUUGUUUUCUUCUGUUCUUCUUCUUUUCUUCUUUUUUCUCUUGUCUUCUGAGCGUGUUCUUUUUUCUUCUUUUUCUCAUUCUUGUUCUUCUUUUCUUCUUCUGUUCUUCUUCUUUUCUUCUUCUUUUUCUCAUUAUUCUUCUUGUUCUACUUUUCUUCUUCUGUUUUUGUUCUUUUCUUCUUCUUUUUCUCCUUGUACUUUUUCAUUUCUUCUUUUGUUCCUAUUUUCUUCUUUUUUUUCUCUUUUCUUCUUUUUUUCUCUUUCUUAAUGUUCUUCUUUUCUUCUUCUUAUAUUCUUCUCUUUUCUUUUUCUUCUUCUUUUCUUCUUUUCUUCUUUUUCUUCUUCUUCUUUUUCUUCUUCUUCUUCUGAUCUUCUUACUUUCUUAUUCUUUUUCUUUCUUCUUUUUGUUCUUCUACUUUUCUUCUGUUCUUGUUCUUUUCUUUUUCUUUUUUCCUUAA